AUGUCAGCGAAAAAAGCAUGGGAUUCGUCUGACUGGAUUGAACGACUUAAUAUUGAAGCUCGUACAUGUAAUCAAUUUACACAAGAUGAAGACAGUUUACUUCCUGAUUUGUGUAUUUGUAAUCGUUGGAAAGAAGAACAUGAAGAAGAUAAUAUAAUAACAAUGCUUCUAAGAGAACUUCAACAGUUCGCAAGUGGGAGUGCACCACAAACUUCACGAAAUGUUAAAAAGAUUGAAGAAACAGAAUCGGCUUUUAAAGCUCAUACAGAAACAAUCGAGACAAAUGCUUAUGGCUUACUAGAGAGUUCCAAUGCACCAUAUAUUCGAUGUGAUAUUGAAACACAUCCAGAUACAUUAGCUUUAAUUAUGCUUGAUUUAUGGAAGAUGAAUAAACCUCAAUUAAUUAUGUCAAUCAGUGGUGGAUUUCGCUCCACUUUGAAAGUACAAUUUCAAAAGGAAUUCAUUGAAGGCAUUACUGAUGCAGCUUUAGCAUCAGAUGCCUGGAUAAUGACAAAUGGAUAUAAAGAUGAGGUCGUGCCUAGACUUGUUGGAGAAGUUGUUUAUAAAAAUAAAUUAAAAAAUUUACGAGACGUCGAUAAAAAUGAACAAAAACAUAUUAAUGCAAUUGGCGUUGGUAAAUGGGCAAAUAUUAAACAUCGAAAUGAAUUAAUUAGACCUGAAUACAGAGUAUGCUGAAAACUACUGUUGUUGAUCUACAGAACAAAACCUCUGGCCAGUGGGCAUUUGUAGGUCUAAACUAAUGUGGUUACUAACAGCUUUGCGAAAUAGGAAAGUUUUCGCUCGGUACAUCCUGAUUUAUCCUGGCGAUUGCGUAGAAACAGCAAAGAUAUUCGGAAAGUAUGCUCAAAACACAGAUCUAAACGUUUUUGGGUUUUCUCCGUAGGUGAAACAAUCCUACCAUAGGAUUCUAGUUUCCUAGUUUAGGAUCCUGUAAGAUCCUACGAAACUCUUGUUGGGUAAUCGCAAAGCCAACAAAUCCUACCGUACGACUUCUAUAGGAUCCUGUAGUCACAUCUGUGCCUUGCAACCUUGCAAGAUCCUACAGGAUCCUAUUGUACGAUUGCAGUAGGAUUUUAUCUGCUCUUCUGCUGACUUAUUCUACUAAGUUUAUUACGUUUAUUUUGUUUAAUUAUCCCUGAACCCAGCUAGCCAGAAUCAGAUGAUUCUGAGUUGGCAUAAGCCCAAGACUUGUGAGUACCGACGCGCACGUCGUCAAACAGCAGCUAGUUUCGAUGACUCGCAAUGUUCGGUGCGAAAAUUUGUGCCUAAAAGAAUGUUUCAAUUUCUACCGUAGAGUGUAUUUAUAUUUAUAUUUGAGUUACUGCAAAAUACAUCAGCAAUUGUGUUCUUGUAUAUAGACCUGUGCGCCGAUCGGAAGAUCGGCGGCGGCGUGAAACAAGCUUUUUCCAAUCGAUGGUAGCAGCGUAGCCACCUUAAAAGACUUUCUGGCUUCAGUAGCGGCUAAAAAUGUUUUUUUGGAAUUUUUCCAUCGUCAACGGUGGGAAUAAUUACAACAUAACUUCCUGUUUUUCUAAUUGUUCAUGACUUUUUCAUUGCAAAACUUUUGUAUUUUUAGCACCGUGAGCGGCGCGGAGCCCCCAAACUUUCGAUGCCGUUGGCGAUGGCCUUGCUAAAAAAUCUAGUUAUCUAUCUGCGACGGCAGCAGCACAGCGCACAGGUCUACUCGUAUAGACAAAGAAAAGAAUAAAUACAGAACGAAAUACUAGGAAUUCCACAAAAUCUUACCGUAUUUUUUUUUUGUAAGAAAUGUAUAAAAUUCCUGUUAGGGAAGCCGUCAAAACUAUAAACGAAUCAAUCGGAUCAUUCGGAUCAUUCGGAUCAUUCGGAUCAUUCGAAUCAUUCGGAUCAUUCGUAGAAUAAUGUAAAGCGCUCCUCUGCGAUGUUUGUAUAAGAGAGAAAAUAUAUAAAAUCUAUCUUUUCUUAUCCAUUCUUAUCCAGGAUGUUUGCUAUCCACUGAAAAAAAUAAUCAGAAUUCAUGCAGGAUCCCGUGGAUUAUCGGUAUUAAAAUAUCUGGCGAUGUUUCUUACCUUUACGCAGGAUUUUUAUACUGACAGCCCUGACAGAACCCUGCAUAGUUCAUGUAGGGUCAGCAUGGAAAAAAUCCUGCGUAAAGGUAAGAAACAUCGCAAGACUUUUUGACUUAUUCAAUCCACAAGUUUUUUCCU